ACCUGCGUUAAGGCGCAUUCGACGUCUUAAUCUUAGCAAUUUUCAUUAUUUUGCAUACUCUAGUAAACAAUGCUCAACUGAUAAAAUGAAAGCCUUUAAAGAUUCUGAAUGACAGAAGCAGCAUGUAACCUACAUGUUUAAAAUAAUCAACGAGAGUUCGCAGAAUUGUGAAAACGGCAGUAAAAUACGAAAACAGCUUAUGCCCAGAAGGACAUUGUCUUAACUAAACAGUUACUAUAAAAGGAGGAGAAACUGCAGCAAAGUUUUGUAUUUCUUACUAAAAUGUCGAGUUCUCUGUGUCUGAAGAAAGGAGAUAAAAGGGUGGCGAUGGUGAUGGUAAUGGUGAUAGCGACGGUUUUGCCUUAUGUUGCUGGCGGAUGCAAGAAAAUGGUGUAUGCUACAAACCUGAUGGGGAAAGCUCUAAUGAACCACGAAUUUCGUUCAACCGAAGCUAACUCCGACAGCCACUGUAGCAGCUUGUGUUUCCAUGACGACCGUUGUAUUUCAUACAAUUUCGGUCCUAUCAUUGAAUUCAAGGGGAUAUGUAACCUCAGCCAUGCCGACCACCUCCAAUACCCAGAAGACUUCGUUGACGCGCCCGAGCAUUACUACAGCGCGGUUGAGAAUUCCUGUGACUGCACGAAGGACCAGAUCUGUCGACUUAACUUCUUGGACGGCACGCACCAUUGCGAUUUCAACGAAACGUCAUUCCAUCGUUGUCACGCCUUCAAUACAUCAUCAGACGGUGUCAUACAACUCGAAGCAACUCAUUCAUCCUGGCCAGCGGACGGCUUCUGCAGAGUAGACUUUACGCCUACGAGCAUCGUCACUGGUCAGCAGUAUAGCAUCACCGUUGACCUGCGCGCUAGGCAUGUCUCCCAUGACACAACUCGAGGUGUACAUCCGGGAGUUGCGUUUAACAUGGUUGACGGCGACAACUUCGACGUUGUGUAUUUCAGGCCCCAUAGCGUGAGUACCUGCUUUCAGCCUGGAUCAGUACGAGCUGGCGCUUUCUCUGGAAAACAAUCGUCAUCUUGUGGCUCGCAACACCCCGGCCGGGAUGAGUGGUUCUCAGUUUCACUUUCUGUAACGCAAUCCUCUGUCACGGUGAAAAUCAACAGUGUUGUUGUAGGAACCUUCAGCCCAACGUUCCCUUUGAAAAGACAAGGUGCCGCCGUGGUUGUAAAUGGUUACGAUACGGUGCUCUAUGUGCGCAACUAUCAAGCCUAGUCUUUCUCUCUCUUUUAUUCUAUUAUUGUUUUUCACCUUCUCCCUUUUGCUUUUUAAUUUCCCUGUAUAUUUUCUUUCAUAUUUGUUUAUUUCUUUUCUAUCUUUUUUUCCUUAUUUCGUUGCUCCGGUGCCUUUUUUGUUUGGCUUAUGGACUAUUAUUUUUCAUAUUUUUUUAUUUACUUAGAUUAACAUUUUUACUCACCUUCUUCUGAUUACUUACUUCGCUUGUACCGUAUCUAAAUUACCCAUUUUCUUAUUGUUUCUGUUUUCCUCUUUUAUUCAACUUUUAUUUCAUUUGACACUUUUUAUACCUUCUCCUUUCAUUUUUGUUUUAUUUCAUUUUACUCACUCUUACUUCGCUCAGCAAUGAUGAUUGAGGGUGAUUGCAAUAGUCUGUCCGUUAAGGAUUACUCGGAUGAUGGCAAUGAUAUGUACGGAAAAAAAGAAA